GAGAGAGGAACCUGUUGGACGGAUUUGGACUCGCCCAGUCAGGAAUACAGGAGGGGAAAAAACAGGAGUAGCAGGAUGGUUGGAUUUGACUUUUACUGCAGGGGGCUGCACAUCAAGUGUGACCUUUGACCCUUGAGCUUCAGAGUCAUCUCAUCUGGGACGGGCUCGAGCAGCCCGGGGACGCGAACAUGGCGGCAAGUUCCUCGCUGCUGAGCAGAGGUUUGGGUCUGGUCCUGGUGGAGUUCCAGUAUGAGUACGAAGGUCGCGAUGGGGAGCUGAUCUCCAUAAAACCCAACGAGCGUUACACCCUGCUGGCAAAGACCAAUGAUCACUGGUGGCAGGUUCGGAGCGACGGCAACUCCAAACCUUUCUACAUUCCCGCCAAGUAUGUCAAAGAGCUGCCGUCAACUUUACCCUCGCCUUUGGACUUCGCCGACCCACCAGCUCCAGAACCAGCACCACUUCCUGCAGCAGCUCCAGUUCCUGUCCCCAUACCAGUCCCAGUCCCCGUUCCUAAGGCUUUUGAGGACACAAAGCCCAAAGCAGGGGACGAGGUGAUGAUCCGUCUCCGUCCGGAUUCCUCUACCAGACACCACAAGAAUGAAAACCGCAUGUCGACAUUCGGCGUCCCUCUGGAUUCCUAUGACCUGACGUCUUCCAGGUAUCCCAACAACACCCCUGCUGCCCCCACAGAAACUGGAAUCCCGCUCACCAAUGAGGCCGCCAGCAUGACGGAGGGCACACGGCAGCUGCUUGGACUGCUGGAAAACCACAGAGACUCUGGGAAUGCUCGAGUUCCCAGCUUCAGUCCGGCAGACCCGAUCCCUGCACCGCGGACCCUCACCCAGCCCAUCCCGGUGGACAUGCCGGUGGUCCCACCUCACGGCAAACUCCUCAACGCCUCCUCCUCCUCCGCCACAGAUCCACACGACGGCGAGGAGAUACCCAUAGAGCCGGACGAGGAGGAGGAGCUGGAGGAGGAGAUCUUGCAGGAGGAGCCGAGCAGUGAGGAGAGUAUGGGUAGUGCAGAGGAGGAGGAGGUACUCCAGGAGGAAGACCACCACCACCACCACCACCACAUUUAUGAGUCAAUCCAGGACCUGAACCUGGACCUGGACGCUCUCAUUGGGGACAAAGCCAUUCCAGCAGCACCGACGGAACCGGCACCUUCCCCUCCUACCACACAGAGCUCUCUCGGCCAUAACUCGCCCAUCUAUGCCAAUGUGUCAUUUGUGAAGAAAACAUCUCCUCCUAACACCGCUGGCUCUGACCUCCCCUCACAACCCCCCGAAGACCCCGCCCCCUCAGGAACAGGCCACACCCCCUCACCUUCAGGCUCCUCCUCUGGAGCAUUAAGCCCCGCCUCCCCCGUCAGUCCUCCAGUGGGAUGGCAGACACACACUGACCAGGACAGUGGGAAGGUGUUCUAUUACCAUCCACUGACCAGACAGACCACCUGGUCCGCCCCCCGCAGCCCUCCGUCCUCAUCCAGUGGACAGAUGGACCAGAGUGGGGUGGAAGAGGGGAUUCCACUCUCCCCUCUGGUCAUCCCGCCCUCACCUCAGGAGUCUGCUUGGGAGCAGCUGGUGGAGGAGGCCUCGGGGAGAUUUUACUACUACAACCGUAAAAACGGAGCCACGUCCUGGACCCCGCCGGAGCUCCUGGCUACAUCCCCACCGGGAUCCACCACCAGCGCGAAGUCCGAGGACGGUCCGCCUCCGCUGCCAAAGGCAGAUUAUCCCGUCAGUGACCACAGCGACAACGACAGCGUCUUUACCGUGCCAUUAGCGGGUUUGAUACCCAGAGCUCAUCUGGACCUGAAGGAUCCAAACAGCAGCCAGAGCAAGCAGCAGGAGUUCCUGAAUUUGCCCCAGAGGAUGGUGGGAAAUGGAGUCCCUGAGGAGGGAGCGCUGCAGCCAGCUAAACCCUGGAGACACAGCGUGGCUGAAGACACAUUUUCUGCAAGUCACCACAGGAACCUCUCCGACUUAACCGACAUGAACAGAAGAAACUCUCCAGAUAGUCCACAGCUGUUGAACAGAUACGGGCUGAAGAGGAAUCUGUCCGAUCGGAGCACAGACUCCCGUCAGCUCCACUGCCACAUGCUGGAGAAAGCAGGAAUCCUCAACAAGACCAAAGUGGCUGAUAAUGGUAAAAAGAUCAGGAAGAACUGGAGUCAGUCCUGGACGGUGCUGCAUGGUGGGAUCCUCACUUUCCACAAAGACCCAAAAUCUGCUCCCACUGGGAACGUUAGUAAAGCCUCUCAGAUUGUUCCAGAGUACACAGUGGAGCUGAGAGGCUCCUCGGUGGGCUGGGCCUCGAAAGACAAGUCAUCCAAGAAGCAUGUUCUGGAGCUGAAGACUCGUCAGGGCUGUGAAUAUCUGAUGCAGUAUGACACCGAGAGCAUCAUCUGUGACUGGCUUAAAGUCAUCCAGGACACCAUCAAACAGCUGGAGGAGGACCAUAUCUCCGAUGAUGAGGAAGAUGUUUCAGACAAAGAAGACAAAGACAGAAAAAGAACAUCCAACAGGGGCUCAUCGGGUCCAGAAUCUGAGCAGAGUCGAGUUCGGACCAAAUUGCGACGUUUCCUCCAGCGAAGGCCGACGCUGCAGAGCGUGAAGGAGAAAGGCUACAUCAGAGAUAACGUGUUCGGCUGCCACCUGGACACACUCUGCCACAGGGAAAACAGCACCAUCCCCAAGUUUGUGGAGAAGUGUAUCAGAACAGUGGAGAGGAGAGGUCUGGACGUGGACGGGAUCUACAGAGUGAGUGGAAACCUGGCUGUGAUCCAGAAGCUGCGACAUAAAGCUGAUCAUGAGGAGCAGCUGGACCUGGAGGACGGGCAGUGGGAGGAGAUCCACGUCGUCACUGGAGCGCUGAAGCUUUUCCUGCGAGAGCUUCCCGAGCCGCUGUUUCCCUUCAGCUGCUUCGACAAGUUCAUCGCUGCCAUCCAGAUCCCAGACCACAGCCUGAAGGUCUCCUACAUGAAGGACCUGGUUCAGACUCUGCCGCUGCCCAACCAUGACACCAUGGAGCUGCUCUUCAGACACCUGCGAAAGGUGAUUGACCACAAGGAAUCGAACCGGAUGUCCUUUCAGAGCGUGGCCAUUGUGUUUGGGCCCACGCUGCUGCGCCCUCAGACCGAAUCACCCAACAUGACCAUCCACAUGGUCUUUCAGAGCCAGAUCGUGGAGCUCAUACUCAAAGAGUUUCCGACCAUCUUCUCCCAGAGGUAGGAGAAAGCAGCGAUGCCUCCAUCCGGCUCUCCGCCAAGACCUCCAACUGGACUCUGAUGAGGCCUCAAACUAAACCUCCAGCUGGACAUCCCCCAACUGGACCUCUAGCAAGACCUCUGAGUGGAACUUCCCCACCAAAGUUCCACCCAUUGCUCUGUGGAUCUUAACUUCUACACAAAAGACCAAAUGUUGACCCCACAGGCGACACAAGACCUCCUUUUAACCACUAAAAAGAUCCAAGGACCAUCGACGAGUUCGACAGCAGCCACACUUUGCUUCCAGAGCCACCGACCAAACGAACCCUUCAGUCACCUUAAAAACCAAAUAUGAUCUCCGCCCAAACCUUCAAAGAAAGAAACUCUGAACUGGAUCGGAGAACUUCAUCUUGAAACCCGAAGGACCAAACAGCUGAUAGAAGAUGCUGGAUGCUCUAAAUGUUCUGGACCCGAAUAGGAUCUCCUUUCCUUUGGAUAAAGAACGCAUGAACGAUGGAGUCUUUUUGUUUUCACUGAGCUUACAUGACCUCCACUUGAUCCAAACUAUCAGUAACUAAACUUAGAUUUGAUGACCUCUUUCACUUUAUGAAGCAAACGAGGUACCUUUUCUACUGAGUAAAUUUUCUUUUCAAAAGACGUGAAACAAAUCUGGAUUUCUUCAUUUUCUUUUCUUGUUAAUUUAUAUUUAUGUUUUUUUUUUCUCCCAGUUUCUAUCUAGCUGCUACUCUUCAACAUCUAAACUGACACAGCUCAUUCCAAAUCAACAGAUCGCGCUUUUUACAGACCAUCUUUCAAAGCGGAGUACUUCUUUCUGCUUGUUUGGCUGCAAAUUAUCUUUAAUGACUCUGAAGCUGUGAGGACUAAAGAGCAGAAACUCAGCUGACAGGUGGUUUGUAGUGUGACGAUUCAAGUAACAACGAACUCAGUUCUGCCACCAUGUGGCAAAUAGAGGUCAUUUAAUUUAGUUUAUUGACACCAGCAGUUGGUUCAACUGAAGCGUUAUUCAAACAAGUGUUCGGCUGAAUGAGAGUUGUGAUAAUGUCAUCAGUGUGAUUGACAGUUUUGCACAUAAAAAAAAAACAGUAAGUCUGUGCGUUGACUCACAGGUGUGUGUGUCUUUCUCAAGCGUGACUCAAACCAGGGUGCAGUCAGAUUCAGCAUGAUGAAGUUACCAGUGCGGCGCUUGACAGAUCAAAUGUUUCCUAGGAUGGAGAGAAAAGAAUCAAAGAGAAAAACGAGUGACACGUGGAAAACAGACUAAAAUUGGAUCUUUGAGUCUGGAUUAUAAUGCUGAGUGAACCCCGGAUGUUUCCCUGAGAGACUGACCACUCACUACCAGCAAAUGUGCACCAAGAUUGCCUUCACUGUAGCUGGGAGACACAGUAUUCCAUAUUUAAGAAAAAAAAACAACAACUGUUGACCACAUGUUGCCUCGAACUGAGAAAAACUGAAAAGAACAAAAUGAUGGAGAAAUCCCAAACUGGAUCUUUGAAACCAGCAUGGUA